AUGUGGUCCACUGAGAGCAUGGAGCCUGAGAAAGCACACACCCAGAGCAGCUUCUAUAACAAGGUGGAUGUGCCUGACCAUGCUCACUACAUCGUCGCCCUCUUCGUCUUCGUCAUUGGGGUGCUGGGCAUCACCGGCAACGCGCUGGUUAUGUUUGCCUUCUACAGGUGGGUUAAUACGAGUGUGACUUGUUUCUGUGUUUGUGCUUUUCAGUGGAUUCGAAAACCACACUUCAUUUAACUGCAUGAGUUCAUUUUCAUUUUUAAUGCUGCUGUGUCAGAGGAGAUGUUAUAAUCAUGCUCUCUACAGAUAGACAUGGUUGUGUGUCUGUGUGUGCGUGUGUUGAAAGGCUGACAAAUAUUCAUUAAAAUACUGUGUUUAGUGAGUAAUACAUAUUUAGUGUACUUGUGGUUGAUAAAAAACGCCUUUCUAACUCUGACUGAGGCAUCUCUCUGAGUGAAGAAACUGUUGCUCCUGUUCUGCAGAAUUGAGGUCAGAGAUUUCCUUUCACUCUCUGAGGGGUUUGCAAAAAUCUGAGGAUAAACUGCACGGGCCAAAGGAUAAACUCAGUUGUGUGAAAAUAAGACAAAAUUGUAUUCAUUAUGUGCAUGCAUCUAUCCAGCAUACUUGAAAGGGAAGUAUCAGACUCCAUUAAAAUAUUAUGCAACCAUCAUAACCUAUUUGUUUAAAAAAUAAUACAAUAACCAGAGAGCAUUUUGCAUAAAUGACUCCUUCUUGUACCUAAAUGUUAUUUGUCAUGCUCUAGAAAGUUGUUUCAGAACUUGUGUGCCUUGUUUCUUUUUUCCAAUCCGGUAAGAAGAUGAGUUUACUGUCAUUGCAAUACUUUAAGGUCUUGAUUUGACAGGGUGUAUAGAUUUUGCACCCUAAGCAAUAAAUGCACCACAAAGAAAAUGUUUCUCAAUGAAUGGUAAAACGUAUCUCACACCUGUUGACUCUGGAUCUCACAAAAAAAAGGUCUAAUCCACGUCCGCUUUAUCAUCUAAAUGCACAUCCCCAAAAUCAUAAACAAAAUAAAGACACAUGGGACGCAAGUUAGAGAAGAAAAUGUGUUAAAAAAAAAAAAGGGGGUUCAAGAGGAGUUGAAACUAUAGAUUAUAACCAAGCUGUGAACAAUGAAACUCACGCAACAAGACCAUAUCGAUUUGUUAAGUACAUUUGCAGUUCAAGUGCAGCAUACGGACUCCCACCAUGAUGGUUUUCUGGUGCAAGCACAGACCAUGUUUAGAUGAGAGGUUAAUCGUUUGUACCCACAGCUUCAGACUAUAUUCAUGUAGCAGCCAUGUUCCUGUGGUGUCACGCUCAGUGUUGGAGCUACAAUUGUUGUAAUAUAAGCAGCAGUGGUCAGUACUGUCAUAUGAUUCUUGGUUGGAGUUAGGAGGGCAGAUUUUGCAACUUCUCUUCAUGCAUUUUUCCCUAACAAGGAUACACUUGUUAGGUUAACGAGUGACUUUAAAUUGUCUGAAUUGUCUACUCGUGUGAGUGCCAGUGUUGCUCUUUAUGUCAGCGCUGAGAUACAACGGAGACCUGUUCAUGGUGUAACUUUAUCGGACUGGGAUGAAGGAAACUGACGGUUUAUAUUAAAUCAGAAAUGCUUUUAGGACGUCCAUUUCCGACAGAUUUAGCCUCAGCUGGUAGGAGAGGUUAUCAGAUGAUACCCGACCCUCACAGAGUGCUUUGACCCUUGACCACAACCCUCUUCAGCUGGCAGAUCAGCAGUAUAGUGACCAUGUUGCUGCCCUUCCCCUGCUUAUGUCUUUCCUCUUCUCCCUGAGCCAACAGGAGUGUCUUCCUGCUGUUAUUUGCCUUUUUCUCUCACUCGUCUUCCUCACAGCUCUCCUCUCACAGGGCACUUAGUUCCACCAGGAUUACUUUCUUUCCAUCCUGAGACCUCAGGAUGUUGUCUAGUCUUAGAGUUGAGGAUAGUAUCUCCUCCUGGAGCUGGAAUUUCCUCCCAAGGUCUGCUUUCAUUUCUUACCCCCUUAUUGGAGUGCAGCAGGUUUUCAUCAACAGACCUCAGCCUCUCCUAUAGAAAGACAAUGGUGCUCAAGAUGUCAGCAAGUGUUAACAACACUCUGUCAUGGCGCCACAUAUAUCUUACGAGUCUUUCUCUUGACUAAAUUUUGCCCCGCUUGUUGGUAAGACAUUUGAAUAAAGGUUUGAAGACAAUUUUAUUCACCUGUGCAUCAAGAAAGGGCAAAAAACAUUUCUCAGGAGACUCCGACAACAACGUUUUUCCUACUCUCCAACUUCUUGGCAGGGGCAAGUUGAUGCAUUUUACAUUUAGUGAUAAAUAAAACUGAUCAUCCAGUUCAAAUCAAUUUUCUGAAAACAGUCCAUCUGGGGUAAGAUGCAACAGGUAGAGUCAAAAUGAAAGAUAUUAACAGUGGACUCUGAGCGUCACUCUAUAAGAUUUAUCCGUUAUAUUAAACAUUCACUUUGUGAAUCCAGGACAGGGAUAUUUGUGUUGUGUGUUUUGUAAUUUGGACUACCACUGACCUCCUUGACUGCUGAAACUGUUUCACAGAAAGUGGGUCAGAAACAGAUGUGUGUGUGCGCGUGCGUUUGUGUGUAUGUGCAUGUGUGUCUGCGUUUUCUGGGAAUUGUCAGGAGCUUUUGUACUCCAUCUGUCCAUCACAGAGGUAGAUUAGAUGGGCUCGUUGUGUUUGCGCUCAUCAUGUGUGUUUACUGAAUUAGACAUGCACAUGAUGUUAUGAGUUCCAAGAAAACUCACACCCACAUGCACAUGGCCUCAAGCAUGCACACACACAUAUACACAUGUACAUACACACACACUUACCAGAGAGGUGGGGAGUGAUAUAAUGGUCUAUCAUGGGAGAUUACACCCGAUAUGAUGAUUUUCUAGGAAAUAAAGGCUGGAGCAGCAUGCCCACUCACUAAGACGUUCAUCACCUUUACACACACACACACACACACACACACACACACACACACACACACACACACACACACACACACACACACACACACACACACACUCGGGCAGUGAUGUAACAACAGACAAGCAGAUUUGUAUGUCUUGUCUGACACAGGAAGCCUGAUUCUUUGGUGUUCCAACAGGAAGAAGCGUCUUUAAAAAGGAAACAGAGAAACCGAAUAUAAUCAAUGACAGGCUGUAUAGGCAGACAGUGAAGGUCGAUAGACUGCUCAAUCAAGCUGCUUUGAAAGCAGGUUCAUAUAGAGUUGACCAGACAAACAAUGAGAUUAGAGCUGAUUGAUGUGGAAAGUUUAAUGGAACUUUGUGUCCUCAGCUCUGUUUACACCGUUUCUAUAACAAAAAAACACAGGCUUUUCAUUUUCUGUAUUACAAUAUGCAACUAUUGGCUGGCUGUCAGAUUUUCUUGGCUGGGUUCGACUAACUGGGGCACCAAUAUAUGCAUGGUUUGCCUCAAGUAUGUGUGUACUUUUACACGAAUGAAAAGCAUUUAUUUACCAUUUAUGUCUCCACUGAUGAUAUCUAUUUAGACUUCUUUGUAAAAAUAUGAUGGCAACUAGGGGUGUCCCAAUACGACUUUUUGACUUCUGAUACAUUACAGAUAUUGUAGCCUUCAUUAUUGAACUAUACCGAUGUUGAUCCAAUAUUGGCACAAAAUUGUGCAUGGCCAACAAAAUCAUACUGUCAUUGUGAUUUUGUGGGCUCAACUUACUUGAUCAGGGCACUGCUGGAUAGAGGUGCCGUAGUGGAGUCUAGAAUGGACUGCUUGUAUCGGAGUGCUAAUAUCUGAGAUUUUAGAUGCAUGCCGAAAUAAUUUGAUAUUAGUUUUGUUUUUUUUGCUGAUAUCGGACCAAUAUCCAAUAUCAAUAUCGUAUCAGGACACCCCUAAUGGCAACAUUUCAAUUUUCUGACCGCAUCUUAUAAGCCUGAAAAAGAAGAUGUAAACGGAGUCAAAAAAUAACAAUAUAGGGGACUAACAAAGGAAAUGUUUACCUUAAAUGCAAAAAAUCCCAAAGAAACCAUGCUGCAACACAGCACCAAUAGUUGAUUUGAACACAAGUGGUCACUGAAGAGGUUAAUGGCCAAUUAAAGGUUGAACUUUGGAGGUCUCGGGAAGUCUCCGAUUACUCCUCACCACCAACUGGGUCUGCACCUGCACCUGGAUAACAUUGUUUAAGAUGAACGACCAUUUCACCAGUAUAUGAAAGGCUUAUCCAAAUGGUUCAUUAACAUUACCGACUUGUUGCUUAACUACCCUCGAUUAAAAAAAAACUAGAUCCGUUUACACUGACCUUUAAACUUCCAUUCUUUCCCUGUUUGUGUUUAUAGUAACAAGAAGCUUCGCAGUUUACCUAACUACUUCAUCAUGAACCUGGCGGUCAGUGACUUCCUCAUGGCGUUCACACAGUCCCCCAUCUUCUUCAUCAACUGUCUCUAUAAGGAAUGGGCCUUUGGAGAGAUGGGUAAUUCCCUUUUUGUAAUAAAUGCAUAUUUAUGUGUAAUGUCACAUUGACAAAGGAGGUAUCUGAUAGUAAUCUGCUGUUGUUGAAUUGUUGAAAUGUUUGUGUGUUUCUGUCCCUCAGGCUGUAAGAUGUAUGCUUUCUGCGGUGCCUUGUUUGGCAUUGCCUCCAUGAUCAACUUGCUGGCCAUCUCUAUUGACCGCUACCUGGUGAUAACCAAGCCUCUGCGGGCCAUGCACUGGAACUCCAAACGAAGAACCACGUUUGCCAUCUUCCUCGUCUGGCUCUACUCUUUGGCAUGGAGCCUAGCACCUCUAGUUGGCUGGAGUGAGUUCAUUUUUUCCAGGUUUUCUUCACUUGCCAUUAAAUUUUAGUAUAGUUUUAUACAAGCAGACAAAAACAGGCACAUUACCACAUUAUGCCUUUGGUUCUUGGCAAAUAUACACAGUGUAACUUUUCUACAUACAUUCAUACGUCAUUGAGUCCAUUGACGUUUCCAAAGACAUAACAUCGAAGCAAAAAGAGUCAAAGAGCAUGAGAAACCAUUGAUGUUUUACCAGAAACCAUAUUUCCCAUUUGAUGUUUUGAUGUUCUUUUCCCUUUCAGGCUCAUAUAUCCCAGAAGGCCUGAUGACAUCUUGUACAUGGGAUUACGUCACAUACACUUUGGCCAAUAGGAGCUACACAAUGAUGCUGUGCUGUUUUGUUUUCUUCAUUCCACUGGGCAUCAUCUCUUACUGCUAUCUUUUCAUGUUUCUGGCAAUACGAAAGACCAGCAGGUACCUUCAUCUCCUACCAGACAUUACGUACAUGCCGGAAUUCAUUCUUUCUUCUUUCUCAUGAACCAGUAUCUCACAAAUACCCUGCCUCUGUCUUUCGCCAACAGGGAAGUAGAGCGUCUGGGUACACAGGUGAGGAAAUCAACUCUGAUCCAGCAGAAAUCCAUCAAGAGCGAGUGGAAGUUGGCGAAGAUAGCCUUCGUCGUCAUCGUGGUUUAUGUCCUCUCUUGGUCACCAUACGCCUGUGUCACACUUAUUUCCUGGUCAGGGUAAGGCUCAUUUGAUCAAAUAAUGCUUUUUAUGUAAUUUUUUAUUAAACCAUGUAGAUAAAACUCAAAGGUUCCUCUAUGGGUUGCUCUUCAGCAGCACACAUACUGUAGUUCAUAGUUGAUUUGUUUUUCCAAUGCUGCAAGUUUAAUACAUCCCACUACUGUUAAACUUGUAUAAUUAGAGUGAAAUGUUUACAGAGGGUUCAUACUGAUGUUACAUUCCCUCUUGGAUGCGCCCUCUAAGUCAGACCACAUGUAACACAUCCUGCAAUAUGUCAAAAUCAACCUGACAACGAUCCCUACAGUUUGCCAAGAAAUGCAAUGAUCUGUAGACUCUAGGAUGUAGACAGAAAUCAGGUUCACUGAUAUUCAUACGCAUUUGAUUUACAAGCUGAGGAAGUCCACAAAGCAGAGCCUAAGGGGAGUUACAGAGCCAGCGUCAUGAUGAGGAAAACUGUUUUUAGAAUCAACUGAACAGAUUUUUACCUUUAACUUUAUUUGUAUCCCAUCCCUCAGCUCUUCAUUCAGAAAUUUCUUUCCUAUCUUGGCAACAUUUGCAACAAGUCACAGUGGCGUCAUGUUUCAGUGAGAAAGCAGCAAAAUUAAAGGCAAUUACAAAUCACCACCCACCACAGGGUCGAACUCGGUCCUUAAAUGUUGUCUUUUAGUGUUGUUGGGUCCCAGAAUAGAAUUAGAAAUGGUAAAAGUAAUGUCAAAAUCAAAGUUGUACCCUGUAGCUGCAAAGCCAAAGACAAGUCUUGGCAAAGGUGAAGACAAAAGGACUGAACAGGAGACAUUAACAAAAUACUUGCGUGUGCAGGGGAUUGGAGUCAAAGGGAUUAAUGAUUUUAUGUUUUCUAAGGUCAAUCUAGGAAAACAAAAACCGUUUGUUGUCAUCUUUUGUGUGAUUGUCAGGGUAAUUGGGACUUAAACACCCUCAGUUUGUCUUUGUUUUCCUAUUAUCUGUCUCAGCCGUCUCACCUUUUGCAGUUCUGUCAAAAUCAUCCAUCCACUGUGCCAGUCUUAUCCCUGAUUGGUCAGCGUUAACUUAUUCAAAUAACACUCUUUGCUGCGGCUAAGGCUGGCUAAGGUGUCAAGGUUUUUUUUCAGAAAGCAUCUCCACCAAGAAAGUCCUACUGCUUCGUUAGACUAGAGGAAUCUAUACAUGAUUUUUCUCUUUGCCAUUCUGCACAGUUCAUGUGCCUGCAGCUCGGAUACCCCUCCAAAAUGGUACUGAGUGUCUUAUUAUGUAAUAUAUUUGUCAGUUAGAGGAUAAGUAUCGCUGGCUGAGUGACACAACAGACGGGAAAGUUGCUCAUAUCUUUUCCUCCGCUUAGCUGACCUGUCAACACUCACUAAACCACAUGUUUCUCCUGGGAAAUACAGUAGGGAUGUACUUAUGUAACUUUGAAAUCACAUCUUUUAGCCAGCUCAUUCACAGGGCAAAGGUAGCCCCACACACCCACACAUGUUUUCCCUCACACAUUCACACGAUCAGACGGACUUAAUCACCCAUCUGUGGCAGCUGGCACAUUUUGGCUUAUCCCUUACCCGGUACAACCCAGAAUUUUGGAUGAAAUUUCAAAAACGACAGGAAUUUUGAGACGUUUAGGGCAUGUUGUUUUGUCAUGCUUUAAAUAAAGACUGCAAGAUGAAUUUAUGUUGCUCUGUCUCUUGCAGGCAUGCCAAUAUCCUGUCUCCAUACUCUAAAGCUGUCCCUGCAAUCAUAGCAAAAGCCUCCACCAUCUACAAUCCCUUCAUCUAUGCCAUCAUACACAACAAAUACAGGUGAGUGAUCCAGAAGUGACCUGUGUUUCUGUUCUACCUUCACGCCUCUAUUUUACCUUUAAUAUAAUUUUGUAUGAGAAGUUACAUUCAGAUCGAAAAGGGAAAGAUAUUUUUCAAUGUACUGAUAAAAGUUUUCUCUGAAGUUCUGGUAAAUAAAAAAGGCAGCUCAAGUUAUCCUGAUGUCUCAUUGCUUCACUAGGAUGACUUUGGCAGAGAAGUUUCCCUGCCUGUCCUUUCUGUCUCCGACUCCUCGAAAGGAAUGCAUCUCCUCCUCCAUCAGCGAGUCUUCUUUCAGGGACUCCAUCAUCAGCAGACAGUCCACAGCAUCGAGGACUCACUUUAUAACAGGCUCUGCAAACUCACCUGCAAUGGUAAAGUUUCCAACUUUUAAUAUUUUAAUCUAUUCAUUUAUAGCCGGAUAAAAGUAAAUACAAAGUAAGGAUGCGUGUCUACUUAGGACUUCAUAGAUUCCGUUUUUAUUCAGGACUGUACUGCGGGUAGGUAUAGAGGUCCAGUUAUGUGUUUGUAAACUUCAGAACUGUUAAGACAGAAUAUGGUACAAAGAUAAAGUGACGGAGGAGCUAAGAUAAGGAGCUGCAAAUUUUAAGUGGGUUUUUACAGUUUCUUUGUCUCCCAAUACAAACUUUUAAGAAACAGAAAACCUUCCUGAGCUUGAUCAACAUGAAUAUGCAAGUGUAAAGAUAAAAACUUGAUCCUGUUGCUCAGUUACUUGACAGAUUUUAAGGUAAGACAUGCAUCCAAUCAUUUCAUUUACUCUGCUUUUCCAUGACAAUGUGUGAAUGAUGAUUGUUUUUAACUGAGAUUUAAACUUAUUAAACUGAUUAUCUGAAAACACUAAGUUUGGCGUCUCCAUGAUCCCAAGUUAGUUUUAUUUGUUUCAAUUUCAUCCUGACUUAAUUUUUUAUGAUCUCAGAGUAACAAAGCUAAUAACAUUUAAAAAGUCAUAAAUAUGAGAAUAAAGUCACAAGAAACUAAUGCUGUUGCAAAAUGAGAUUAUAGUUGUCUCAAGAAAAACAAAUGUUUGUUUUAUGAGAAAAGAUUAGUAGUAUUAUGUGGAAAAAAACUGUAGUAAAAUCAAUAUAUAUAUAUAUAUAUAUAUAUAUAUAUAUAUAUAAAUAAAUAAAAGUAAAGUCAUAAUGUUAUAAAGUAAAAUUGUCAGAAAAGAAAAGUGAUGGUAUUACAAGAAUUUUUUGUAUUUUCAUAAGACAGAAGUCAAAUUUAUUAGUUCAUGGUUAAUCUAUGUGUAGGCUAAAAUAACAUAAAUAUGGUGUAAGUGAGAGAGUAGCCAGCUGUCUGCAUUGCUGUGAGUAAUGUGGAUCAUCAUGUGGAAUUGAACUCAAAAGCAAAGGUCAGAUCACAGUUGCAGAUGCCUGCGCUGGCUGCUUGUAGUUUGUCUUGACAAGGACAAACUACAAGCAGCCUUGACAAAGACCGUUUCUUGUACAAUCGACUCAGAAUCCAGAUUCCUCUGACAGUGUGGUGCUGAUGUGCUAAAAGAUUUAGUUAUUUUAGAAACUUUUAUAAUGUGUAACUUCCUCAUUUUGGUUCAGGAAGCCUCAGGCUGCUCUCUGUCCUUGGCAGAAUAAAUCCCAUCACACUUGAAAACUACGACCUGCUUUCUCACAAUUGUAUUUUUGUUUUCUUCAUAUUACAACUUUAAAACAAUUUCUCCUCUCGUAAUACAAAGACUUUAUUCUCUAAAUACCACGGAUUUGUUCUCAAAACACUUUCACUUCAAACCCAUAAUCUUUUUUCCCUCAAUGUGGCACGACUCCUCCGUCACACAAAGUUGUUUUUCUUGUAAUGAUAGACUGAUGUAUCUCAUUAUCACCCACCCAAAAAAGUUUUUUUUUUUCAUGAGAUAACAAUUAAGAGUUUUUGGCUACAUGGGAAACAAAACAACCCACUUGUUGUGUAAUAGGCCAGACUAAGACAUUCUUUGCUGUUAUUUUACAUGCUUAUGAGGAAAGUCAAAUAUUGACAUUGAAUUUUGUGUAGGUAUGCUCACAGCAGCUCUAUUUUGUCCUGCAGGUGUUGAGGGAUGUAGAGAUGGAGUCUUUGGGAAGAAAGUCACAUGAUUCCUUCAGAAGCACAUCAUCAUACAAUCAGUCUGUCAGGGGCAGGACCUACAAGAAACGAUCGCUAAAGACCUCUAAGACAAAGGCAGCAGAGAAGGUGAGAUACACUGAAACUACCACAAACGUUGCUUAUGUCAUUCUGGUGAGAUGUUUGCAUAAUGAUAGUGAACAAUGCAUGCCCUCAUUCAUGUUCUUUUGUCAAACUGUUUUUGUACGCCUUAUUAUUUUUUUACAUUACUAGCAUCCAGCCAGCAUGUGUGAUUCAUCGAGCACCUGUGAGCAUGAAUUGGUUUCCAGCUCUCUUACCAUCGCCACUGUCCCCCUACUAGUCCUUGCCAGGAGGCGCAGUCACAGUCUGACCUACCAGGUUUCUGACGCUGGAGAGGAAAAAUGCACUCUCAGUAACAUGCCGAGUUACCACAAGAGCAGCUCUUUUGAUUCCUUGAGUGUUGGGAGGAUAUCGACCGCUGACCCCAGGACGCCUCGGGGUGUACCACGCAUCAUCGUCAUCAGUCCUACAUCUGAAAGCAGCCUCAUCAAGCAGGACAGCGUCUGCUUGGAGGACAACAUGGAGGGAACGGAGAACAAUGUUUUUGUCAGCAUGAACUUCUCCUCAGAAGUCUUUGAGGCAGUUGAGCUUCUCUCUUGA